AUGCAUAAUAUUCGCCCUUCAUCUGCCCGAGAACAAUCCCUUUCGCUCCCUCGUGUGUGUUCGAAGUGUUACAACCCCGGUCUCACUGCUGAGCUUGCUCGACUGUCACGUCUGGUCGGAACCUCUGGCAUCGACAAUGGCAACCAGUUAGGCCCCGUAGAGCCAUACAUCACACCGAAAGGCGGCUUUGAUUUCGACGUCGACGACUUCAAUAACACGGAUAAUGUCUUCGGCAACUUUCCGCAAGCGCAAAACGUCAUUCUCAUGCAGCAGCAUCUGGCCACGCCGAAGCGCAAGAGCACGGUGGCUCCCGUACUGCCGUCUGCCGGCCCUCCAGGCGCCUCGUGGCAUGCGGAGAUAGGAUGGUACUUCCCCGCCGUCCGCCGUCCCCUUCCCGGCGUACCCCUACCAGUUGCCACACCGGAUUCGUUCCACCCGCCCAGCGCGACUUUCGGCUCCGUGGCCCAGCCGCAGAUGCCCGCUUUCGCUGGCGGCGGACAGGUGAGUAUGGCCUCGCAGCAGCAGCAGCAGCAGUUCCAGCCAUUACCUGUCGUGUCAGCUAACCGGUCAGCAACGGGUAAGCGCAAGUUCUUUGGUCCGCAAUUCCACGAGGAGCAGCAGCAGCAGCAGCACCAGCAGCAGCAAGCGCUCAAGGCGCGCGGCGGUGAAGUAGAAGAGAGCGACGCCCUCUUCGUCUCCGAAGCCGACGCCGACGCAGAGGGUGAAGAGGGCGCAGGCGGUGAAGAAGACGCAGACUUUGGCGCAGCCGCACCCCAACCCAAACGCCCGCGCACCAAACUCCCAUCAGCCGACCAAAUCUGCAUCUGCCCCCCGACCGCGCCCCAACACAUCCCCCGCCCCAGCAACAGCUUCAUGAUCUACCGCCGGCAAAACCGCAACCGCAUCGCCAAGGCCCUCCCGCCCACCCCGGACCGGAGCAACCAAGGCGCCGUGUCGCAUCAAGCGGGGAAGAUGUGGAAGGCCGAGCCGGCGCAUGUCAAAGCGAUGUAUGAGCGGCUGGCGCAGAGGGAGAAGGCGGAGCAUGAGCGGAAGUACCCCGGGUAUCGGUAUCGGCCGAGGGGAAAGGGUGGGAGGGCGGCGAUGGCGUUUGGGAGUCCCGGGUGUAGGUGUGGGGCUUACGAGAGGAAUGUGGCGAGGGUUCGGGAGGAGGAGGCGGGGUUGGUGGAGGGGCAGACGCCGGUGAUGGUUGCGCCGGUUGCGCAGAUGGUGGGGCAGCAGCAGCAGCAGGUGGUGCUGCCGCAAAGGAGGACGCAGAGUCAGGUCCGCAUGCAGCAGGCUCGGGCUGUUGUUGAGGAGAUGCCUGCGGCGCCGGAGGGAUACGUGGCCGUGCAGCAACCCGUGGGUUUGGGUUUGGGUCUGUCUCUACCCGGCACUGGCCUCCGCCGCUCCUCCCGCCACGCCAACACUCAAGCGGUGACUUACCCCCACCCCGAGAUCAUCAAUGCCAACGACGACGACCACGGAGAAGACGACCACGAAGCCACCCUCCGCGCUCGUAUCACCGAGCAGCUCCACACCAACGCCGUCGCUACCGCCGUUGCUGUCGAAAACUCCCCGCCAGCCAUGAACACGCGGAGCAAAAGCCGAAGCCAGACUCACAGUCGCGAGGACCUGGGCUUGCCAGACGCGCCUGCCGAAUCAGGCUUUCUAUUCCCGGACGAUGAGGAGAUGCGGGAUUUAUUCGGAGACGCCUUUCUCGAUUCCGCUGCGCUCACGGAGCUGGAGGGGCAAGUUAGACCGGUGAUGGAGGAGGAGGAGGGGGAGGAGGCGGCGAUGAGGAGACGGUCGAGUAGUAGGAGGCUUUCGAGCCGGGGCAGCAAUAUUGUCGUUGCGACUAAGAGGUCGUCGUCGGCUUCGGUUGCGGCUACGGCGGGGUUGAGACGGUCGCCUAGGACUGGUAGUCGGGCGGCUUGA